GUGACAGCAGAGCUGCAGUGGAGACGAGUCUCUGUGUUUCUCUCUAAAGAAACAUUCAACUGAAUCCAGCAGGUUUUUCUCAACAACAAACACUGAGUGUCGAUAUGGCUGCUGCCAGCUGUCUGCUGACUGAAGAUCAGUUUCUGUGCUCCAUCUGUCUGGAUGUGUUCACUGAUCCAGUCACCACACCAUGUGGACACAACUUCUGUAAAACCUGCAUCACUGAACACUGGAAUACUAAUGUCCCCUAUCAGUGUCCAAACUGUAAGAAGCUUUUCUACACCAGACCUGAGCUGCAGGUCAACACUUUCAUCUCUGAGAUGGCUGCUCAGUUCAGACAGUCAGCUCAACAGAAAGCCAGCAGCAGCAGCUCAGAGCAACAAGUUUCCAAACCAGGAGAAGUUCCCUGUGACGUCUGCACUGGAACCAAACUGAAGGCCCUGAAGUCCUGCCUGGUGUGUCUGGAAUCCUACUGUGAGACUCACCUGGAGCCUCAUCUGACAAGAUCAGGCCUGAAAAGACAUCAGCUGAUCAACCCUGUAGAGAACCUGGAUGGCAGGAUGUGUCUGAAGCACGAUAAACUGCUGGAGCUGUUCUGUAAGACCGACCAGAUGUGUGUCUGCGUGCUCUGCACUGUUUUAGACCACAAGACACAUGAUGUUGUUCCUCUGAGAGAAGAAUGUGAAGGAAAGAAGGCCGAGCUGGGGAAGACAGAGGCUGAAAUUCAGCAGAUGAUCCAGAAGAGACAACUGAAGAUUGAAGAGAUCAAACACUCAGUGGAGCUCAGUAAGGAAGAUGCAGACAGAGAGAUAUCAGAUGGUGUUCAGGUCUUCACCGCUCUGAAGGAGUCUGUUAAGAGAAGCCAGGCUGAGCUCAUCGGCACGAUCAAAGAGAAGCAGAGAAAGACAGAGAAACAGGCUGAAGGCUUCAUCAAAGAGCUGGAACAGGAAAUCUCUGAGCUGAAGAAGAGGAGCACUGAGGUGGAGCAGCUCUCACGCUCUGAAGACCACCUCCACCUCCUCCAAAGCUUCAUGUCCCUGAACACUGCUCCACCCACCAAGGACUGGACAGAGGUCAGCGUCCGUCCACCUUCAUAUGAAGGGAAUGUGAGGAGAGCUGUGAAUCAGCUGGAGGAGACGCUCAGUAAACAGAUGAAGAAGCUGUUUGAGGUCGAGCUGAAGAGGGUCCAGCAGUCUGCAGUGGAUGUGACACUUGAUCCAGAUACAGCACAUCCUGAACUCAUCCUGUCUGAUGAUGGAAAACAAGUUAAACAUGGUGAUGUAAAGAAGAACCUCCCAAACAAUCCAGAGAGAUUUGAUACUUGUUUUUGUGUCUUAGCAAAGCAGAGUUUCUCUUCAGGAAGAUUUUAUUAUGAGGUUCAGGUUAAAGGGAAGACUAAGUGGGAUUUAGGAGUGGCCAGAGAGUCGAUCAACAGGAAGGGACAGAUGAAACGGAGCCCUCAGAAUGGUUACUGGACGAUAUGUUUGAGGAUUGACAAUGAGUACUAUGCUCUUCCUGACCUUCCAUUCUGUCUCUCUCUGAAGUCUCGACCUGAGAAGGUGGGGGUGUUUGUGGAUUAUGAGGAGGGUCUGGUCUCCUUUUAUGAUGUUGAUGCGGCAGCUCUUAUCUACUCCUUUACUGGCUGCUCCUUCACUGAGAAGCUCUACCCAUACUUUGGUCCUUGUAAUAAUGAUGGUGGUAAAAACUCUGUCCCUCUGAUCAUCUCUCCUGUCAAUCAAGCAUGUAGGAGCAGUUUGAUCAGAGGAAUUUCAUUUUAACUAAAACUAAUAGCGUCAGUCACACAAAGUAGAACAACCAUUUGAUUUCCUACAGAAAGAUUCACUCUCAUUUAAUGUAAUAAAUGUAUAUUAUUGGUGAUGUACUGUGAAUACAUUGUUUAUUUUUUAGAUUCUGAUCAAUGUGAUUUUUCUCUUUUGUUUCUGUAAAUGUUUUUAUUUGAUGUGUCACGUUGCUACUUACUACUACAACACAAAGAUUUAAUGUAUAGUCAUGUAUAGUCUUUGUUUAAUACACUCUUUAUUUGUCAAAGUUAUAGUCCCUUACAGGAGUUGGGCUACUUCUCAUUGAAACAAAAGAAGACAGGAAGUGUCAUCUUUACAGCAGCUACUGUUCGUCCCUCCCACUCCAUCUCAUGUAUAGUCUGAUUUAUUCUAAUGACUUCAUUACCUGCCUUCAAGACUGUUGAAUCAUCAAAAACAAAUGUGCUCAGAAAUAAGAAUAUAUAUUGUCUGAUAAUUGUAUAUAGAUAAGAAAUGUUGUCAUGCACACUUUAUUUGCUAAGAGCUUUUCAAAAUAAGAUGUGGCAAUAUGAUAGGAUGAAGUACUAAUUUACCCAGUAGUGUACAAAGUUUACAGUGCUGCUGUGGCAUAAGCAGUACAGGUGAACACUGAGGGCGCCAUCAUCCACAGGGGGCGCCACAGAUGGGGAAGAAAAAAAUCUUAUUGUUUAUCUUUUGCUAUUUUUUACUAAAACUAUCAGGCCUACUACUAUUAUUUUGAAAUAUGACAUAAUGCAACAACAACAUAACUACACAGCAAAGCCUACUAAAUAACAGAGAGGCCUUUAUUUGUGGGUUCCUGUCGGUCCCCGGCCCCCCUACCCAGCUCGUUACACUUUACCUGCUCUCCGGGGGAGAUGGGCGGAGUUAUCUGACAUCACCUGAACUCUGGACCACUACUCUGUUAUCAUGUCAAAACGACUCAACUACCACGACACUACUGAGAGGAGUGGAUGUGGAGAGAAAGAACAUGAAAUCAGCAGGAGGAGAGCUUGUUAAGUUAGCUGUUAGCUGUUAGCAGCUAGUUGUUGUUUCUUCUCAGCAGGCAGUGGACACAACCAGCAGCUCACAGAGCUGGAAGUGAUUUACAUUGUGAAGCGUUCAAGCUGUAUUUUGUAAAAUGAAUACUGGGCAACAGUAAAUGAUAACGUUCCCAUGAUGUGUUCAAUGUAAUUUUAUAAAAUGAAUCUUUUGGUGAGAAACUUGAAUAAAUCAGCUGUUUGAAAGAGAAAUGUGUUGAUGUUUUCACAGCAAUAUAAAAUAGAUAUCAGAGAGAGAAUUAGGACGUAUCAUAUAUAGUAAAAAGACUUGAUACUUUUGUUUUUUAAAGAUGUUUUUCAUGUGGAAGAAGGUUUCGUUAAAGGUUGUUUCAUGAAUGUGUUUUAUUGAAUUUGUGCUCAUUUGAAGGUGUGAAGUGUAACGAAGGACUGAAUGACCUCAAAAUACAAGAAAAAAGAAACACCAAUAUAAAAACAUCGGUAUUGGCUGUUGGUGAAAUUGUUAUUUUAAACAUAUUAUUUUACAAUGUCAUGUAUUAUUUUAUUGCUUAUUCUUCUGAACCAGUUAAUUUGUGAUUCUU